CAUACAUACGCAGCAAGCACCGCAUGUGACUUCUCAGUCAAAUGCAAUGCACCGCACACAAAUGGCGCCGCACACUACGCAGGUCGAUUUGCGAGUUCUUGACACCAAUCAGCAGAACCAUAACCAGCACAUCCACACAUACUCACACACACGACGACCAAGUCUCGCAGCACAACGUGCAUCCAUCAUCGAUCAGAUAACUUGAGACGACUUGGGACAAGAAAGCGGUGCUAGCAGGGACGGUGGGGGUAUGGCGGGAAUCUCCGUGCACCAACGGCAGCUUCACGUCCUGAGAGCAUCGACACACACACACACACACACACACACACACAACAUACACAUAACAACUUUAUGUGUGCCACACACGCAGUGCAUUGUGAGACAUUCUGGCGUGUGGCUAUGAAGCAAGUGUGCAUACCGAUGGGAAAGGAUGGCGUUCCAGUACACUCGACAAGAUGCCAGUGAAGUCCCGAAGUGUCACCGACUGCAGCUCAGUUUCAUCCUUCUGGGUCAAGUCCUUCCAUGCCUCCACCAGACUCCUGAAGACCCAUGCAGUCGGGCAUCGGUCCUGCCGCGGAUAGCCCCUCAUGUCAUCAAUAUCCUCUUCGACACGCUCCAGCCUUUCCUGAAGCCCAUCGACUCCCUCCGCAAGCCCAGCGAUUUCCUCCGCAAGCCCAUCGCGUCCCUCGUCAGCAGCGUCGAAUCGGGCAGCGACGGCAUCGAAUCGCUCUUCAAAGGCAUCGAAUCGCUCCUCAAUUCGCUCCUCAAAGGCAGCGAAUCGCUCCUCCAUGGCAGCGAAUCCCCUCGCCAUUUGCCUCAGAAUGCGGCUCGUGCCCGUCUCCUCUUGCUGUUGCUGCUCCUCUUGCUGCUGCGCUUCCGCCGCUUCCGCUCUCCUCUUCAGUCUCGCAUUUCUCCUCUCCUCCAGCUGCCGUCUCCUCGCCUCCGCCUCCUGCCUCCUCGCCUCCGCCUCCCGCCUCCUGACCUCAGCCACCUCUCUCCUCCUUGUUGCCGCCUGUGUCCUCGCCUCUUUCCUGUCCGCCCGCUCCUGCUUACUGUCAACAGACGCAGUCAGCAGCGGGAAGGCCUUCAAGUAGGCGCUGAUAGUCUUGUCGAGAUGCUCGGGCAGGAAGAAUGUCGGAGGCAUCUCCUCGAGCAUCUCCACCGCCUUGUAACGUGGAGAAUCCUCGUCUUGUGACGAUGCGAGCGGGAUGUAGACGAAGUUGCGGGCUGGGUGCUCGAGGCUGUCGAGAGGGGAAACGUACAGGAUGGGGAAGGGGACUGUUUCGUUGGUGAUGGAAACGCUGCUGCUGCUGCUGCUGCUAUGUUUGCCGAUCAUAUGAGGCGACACCCCGUGCAGGACGCCACCUAGCUGUCCACUCUCCAUAGCCAGAGGUGUCCCAGAGUCGCCUAAGAGUAUACACAUACACACACACACACACACACCCCACAGAGAAAUAGAAACGAACCACUCAUUGCCGGCUAUCCCUCCCCCCUCAUGUCUGUCUGUAUCCAUCAUUCAUCUCACCCACCUGGCCGAGAGCUCACGCCGAACAGUCUCAUCCACAUCCGCACCAUCUCUGAACUCCCCGCCUCCUCCCCGCCAGCUGACUGACUCGACUCAGCUCGUCGCGAAGCUUCGUGAACAUCCGACACAUGGCCUUGAAAAAAGCGGGCGGCGUCGAUUGAGUGGAGCUGAUGUCGCAGGCCGACACCCUUGGCGACCAAGAGCCUCUUUGGCAGCACCGCACGCACCUCGUGAUCGUCCUCCACCCUCAUGACUGCCAGAUCUGGAUGCCCGCCGAUUGGGUAAUGCUGGUGGAUGUACGUGUCGAGCACCAUCAUCUCCCGUGGCUUUCCGGCGACAUUUAUUGUCACCGAGAGGGCUCCGAUGGCCGCAUGUGCCGCCGUAGCGACGAAUAGACCGGCGUCGGUCUUCAUCAUAAAGCCGCUGCCAUGUGGCUGGCCGCCCGUGCGGUUGACACGACAGAGAACGUUGUGGGCAGGAACUGAGCGGGUAGGUGGUGCUGCGGGCGCUCGAUGUUGAACCGGUGCACUUCCAGUCAACUUGAGCUGGCCUUCAGAAGUGAGCUGGCCUUGAAGAGUAACCUCGAAUGUCUGCAUCGAC